AGGGAGGGAGUAAAAAGAAACGCCAUUAGCAAAAGCCCGAGGAGACAGUUUGGGAUACUUAACUUGGGGGUAGUUCUCUGGGAUUUUCCUCCAGCAUACGAAGUAGCUACAUGAUAUACAGGAGAAGAAUAACGGAACAUUAAAGCGUAGGAACUACGAACGGAUUUCUUGGUGUUGGGUUUUGUCUGAGAAGGAUGGCGCUGGACGGUAUACGAAUGCCUGAUGGCUGCUAUGCUGACGGGACUUGGGAAUUGAAGAUGCACGUGACCGACCUCCAUAGGGACGUGUCGCUGCGGGUGACCGGCGAAAUUCACAUCGGCGGGGUCAUGCUGAAACUCGUAGAAAAACUCGAUGUGAAGAAGGACUGGUCGGACCACGCCCUGUGGUGGGAGAAGAAGAAGACCUGGCUGCUGAAGACGCACUGGACGCUGGACAAGUACGGCAUCCAGGCGGACGCCCGGCUCCUCUUCACCCCCCAACACAAGCUGCUGCGCCUGCAGCUGCCCAACAUGAAGCACAUGAAGGUCAAGGUCAACUUCUCCGACCGCGUCUUCAAGGCCGUGUCCGACAUCUGCAAGACCUUCAAUAUCCGUCACCCCGAGGAACUGUCCCUACUCCGCAAACCACGGGACCCCAAAAAGAAGAAGAAGAAGCUGGAGGACGCGGAGGAAGAGGAGGCCCUGGAAAUGGAGGGGCCUCUGCUCACCCCUGGAUCAGCCUCUGAGGUUAUAUACAUCGGACCUGUCAAAGGGAGCAUCUACUCCAGCCCCGGGCUCUACAGCAAAACCAUGACCCCCACCUACGACUCUCGCGACGGGAGUCCCCUGUCCCCCACCUCGGCCUGGUUCGGGGACAGCCCCCUGUCCGAGGGCAAUCCCAGCAUCCUCGCCGUCAGCCAGCCAAUCUCCAGCCCUGACAUCCUGGUCAAACUCUACAAGCCUCAGAGCCUCCUGGAUAAGGCCAAGAUCAACCAGGGGUGGCUGGACUCCUCCAGAUCUCUGAUGGAGCAGGACGUGAAAGAGAACGAGGUGCUGCUCCUGCGGUUCAAGUAUCACAGCUUCUUCGACCUCAACCCCAAGUAUGACGCCAUCCGGGUGAACCAGCUCUACGAGCAGGCCAAGUGGGCCAUCCUGCUGGAGGAGAUCGAGUGCACCGAGGAGGAGAUGAUGAUGUUCGCCGCCCUGCAGUACCACAUCAACAAGCUGUCCAUCAUGUCGUCGGACAACCACAUGAACAACAGCGAGAAGGAGGUGGACGAGGUGGACGCCGCCCUCUCCGACCUGGAGAUCACUCUGGAGGGAGGGAAGACCUCCAACACGCUGGGUGACAUCACGUCCAUUCCGGAACUUGCUGACUAUGUGAAAGUAUUCAAGCCAAAGAAACUGACGCUAAAGGGCUAUAAACAGUACUGGUGCACGUUCAAGGACAUCACGAUUUCCUGCUACAAGAGCAAAGAGGAAGCCCACGGGACCCCUGCCCACCAAAUGAAUCUGAGAGGUUGUGAGGUGACACCAGACGUCAACAUCUCCGGUCAGAAAUUCAACAUCAAGUUGCUAAUCCCUGUGGCCGAGGGCAUGAACGAGAUCUGGCUGCGGUGUGACAUGGAGAAGCAGUACGCCCACUGGAUGGCGGCCUGCCGCCUGGCCUCCAAAGGGAAGACCAUGGCGGACAGCUCCUACAACCUGGAGGUGCAGAACAUCCUGUCCUUCCUCAAGAUGCAGCACAUGAACCCCGACCCGCCCUUCAUCGCCGAGCCCAUCAACACCGACAUCAACCCCGAGUGCCUGGUGUCGCCGCGGUACCUCAAGAAGUACAAGAACAAACAGCCUGGCUCUAUAAGGGACUUGAUCACCGCCCGGAUCCUGGAGGCUCACCAGAACGUGGCCCAGAUGAGCCUGAUCGAGGCCAAGAUGCGCUUCAUCCAGGCCUGGCAGUCGCUGCCAGAAUUCGGGAUCACACACUUCCUGGCCAAGUUCCACGGUGUGAAGAGGGAAGAGCUGAUCGGGAUCACCUACAACAGGCUGAUCCGCAUGGACCCCGGCACCGGCGACGCCAUCAAGACCUGGCGCUUCAGCAACAUGAAGCAGUGGAACGUCAACUGGGAGAUAAAGAUGGUGACGGUGGAGUUCGCCGACGAGCCCAGCAUCUCCUUCGUCUGCGCAGAGGUGGACUGCAAGGUGGUGCACGAGUUCAUCGGGGGCUACAUCUUCCUGUCCACGCGGGCCAAGGACCAGAACGAGAGUCUGGACGAGGAGAUGUUCUACAAGCUGACCAGCGGCUGGAUCUGACCCGCUCUCCAGCGGGUGGAAGCCGGGGUUCG